CCAGAUGAGAAGCCUUUUGUUGUGGAAGAUACCUAUUUACUCUGCCCAGCACCUGUACUACGAGAAGUUGGCAUGGAGGCAGCUCUUCAAGUUAGUAUGAACGAUGGUCUAAGCUUCAUCUCCAGCUCUGUCAUCAUCUCCAGCACACACUGUUCAGAUGGGACCAUCCUGGCUAUAGCUCUGUUGAUUCUCUUCCUGCUGCUGGCGCUGGCUCUCCUCUGGUGGUUCUGGCCUCUUUGCUGCACAGUGAUCAUCAAAGAGCCCCCUCCACCUCCUGCAGAAGACAGUGAAGAGGAAGAUGACGAUGGUCUUCCAAAGAAGAAAUGGCCAACAGUGGAUGCUUCUUAUUAUGGCGGUCGAGGAGUUGGUGGCAUCAAGAGAAUGGAGGUGCGCUGGGGAGAAAAGGGCUCCACAGAGGAAGGCGCUAAGUUAGAGAAAGCCAAGAAUGCCAGGGUCAAGAUGCCAGAACAAGAAUAUGAGUUCCCCGAACCCAGGAACCUUGCAAACAACAUGCGCAGACCUUCCUCUCCUCGGAAGUGGUACUCUCCAAUCAAGGGGAAGUUGGAUGCUCUCUGGGUCUUGCUGCGGAAAGGUUACGACCGUGUAUCAGUGAUGCGCCCACAACCAGGAGACAAGGUACUGUGCCUCCAGACAUUUCUUGCAGCUAGGGAAAACAAAACCCCGCUGAAGCUUCAGACUACCUUUACAAAUAGGACAGAAUAGUUGUGAUUACCUUCCC